AUGUAAUUCCUUGCAAAAUACAACUCUCUUUUAUAACAAUAUCCUUUACUAACAAAAUCAGUGACUGGAGGUAUCAAACAAUAUUUAAAUAUAUAGGAUUUAUGUUCUUUGCUGGAGAUGCUGUAGUAUAAAUAAUGGAAUAAUAAAUUGCUAAAAAGAAUUAAUAACCACAUUAAUAUAAUUUUAGAAGAUUAGGAAUAGCAUGGCUUAUGGGUAAUGUAUUUAUGAUGCCUUUGUUUCACUAUAAUUUCACAUAUGCUUUACCCUGGUUAGUGAAAAGGUACCAUAUCUUAAUCUAAUAUAUUUUAGAUUACCUUUUGAUACUUCAACUCCUUUUAGAGCUGCUUUAGGAUCUGUUCUGAUUGAUCAAUCUGUUUGGGCUUGUUAUAUAUUGUGCCAUUAUCUGAUGAUUAUUAAUAUAUUAGAAAGUGGUUCCGUGUAGAAAGGACUUGAUGCUAUCAACAAUAAUUUUGUCAAAGCCAUGAUAACUAAUUGGUAAAUAUGGCCAGCUGCUUAGAUUAUUAAUUUUUGGUUAAUUCCAAGACCUUAUCAAGUUUUAUGGGUUAACUUUAUUGGAUUUUUUUGGAAUAUUUAUUUAAGUUACAUAUCACAUAAUUGA